ACUUGGUACCCAUUACCAACUGCAUCAUGGAGAGUUCCCGUUGAUAUUUUAACUCGGUAUACCAUGUCCCUGAUCGAGAAGCAAGAAGAUGGCAGCAGAGCGUAAUGUUUUAUCCUUCAGCAUGACUAGCGAAAAUAGUUCUACGGCCGCAGAGGCGUCACCUAUAGAGAGCGAAAAGUCAGCCAAGACUGUCCAUCAUAGAAACCACCCACAUUAUCAUACCCACCACUACUCCAUCAAGCACCGAAAAUAAUCCCUUUCACUCUCUAUAGGGAAUCGAGAAAUUAUGGUUGGUAGCUAGGAGAAGGGAAAAUGGAGAGAGCGCAAGU